AUGCUGCGACGACCCCCAACAACCCUAACCAUCACCUCGGAAGACGUAGCCGCCUACGAAGACAGACGAACGCGACAAGCCCGCCAAGAAGAAGACGAAGCCGCCCAGCGGGAACGCAUGGCGCAGCGCACAAGACGGCAUCAGGAGCAGCAGCAGCAACGGCAGCAGCAACAACAACAACAGCAACAACAACAAUUACAACAACAACAAUUACACAUCGACGACCGCCAACCACGGCAACCCCACCGCCAGCGUCCCCCGCACCAACCCACAAACCCCCUGCACCAGCAACAACCCCAACACCUUUCCCCGGCAGAAGUGCAGGCGCGCUCGAGCCUCAUGCAGAGACUCCAGGCGGCGAGGGGCAUGGCGGGUCGACUACCCCCGCAAGGCACGCAGCAGCCGCAGCCGCAGCCGCAGCAGCAGGACGAAUACACGGAGCAGGACACGGAGAUGUUGCUCGGCACGAGCAGUGACGAGGAGGAGGCGCAGGAUUCGAUGUUGGGCGGUGUUGGGGCGGAUGCGAGUGCGUGGAGGAGGACACGGCUCGCGCGGGCUGCCGCUGCUGGUGCUGGUGCUGCUGGUGCUGGUGCUUCUGCUGGUGGCGGCGGUGGUGGUGGUCUCACCGGGCUAAAUGGCGAUGGCGGCAAUGGUUCUGGUAGCGGCAGGGCUGGACGGGGACAGAACCAGGGCUUGCAGCUUACGCCGACGCCGAUGGGGGACGUGGCCGGCGGUGCUGAGCGUGGUGUUAGGACGAGGGAGGAGAGGAUCGGGCUUGUAAAGUCGGGCGGUCCGAGCUUCCUCGGACUGUCAGACCCACACCGGACCGCCGACCGGACCGGUGCUGGCUUAACGCCGACUUCACUCCGACUUCAUUCCAGAUUCGGCAUUCCGAGAUGGCUCAAUAAGGGCGCAUCAAGAAGCCAGUUAAUAUCCCAAACUUGGGCGGAACAUAUUCUGAAAGACAGACCGCUCAUCGCCGUGACGACGAAUCAUGCCGAACUGCCUCAUGAAGGGCCUGGUUACUAUGCCACACUCUCCUCUGGCUUGUCUCCGCUUGAAGCUACGGACACGUCGCAAAUCCCACAUCAUGACCACCAUUGCAAGCAUCAUCCCAUCCCAUUCUGUUCCGAGACUGACUUCCCCGUCCCAUCGAAGAACGGGAUAGAAGCAGAGUCACCCAAAAUGUGCAUGCAAAUCUACCGCUACUACCAAGAGUGCGGGUGCCAGCUCAAGCACGUCUUCUGGCCCUGCGAAGACGGCCCCGCCUCCCGCGGAUGCCACCACGUACAACCCGGUGUCGUCGUCAAGCCGGACGCCUUCUGCCCUUACCACGAGCGCGUGGAAGCCAACCGGCCCGAGAACCGGCCCGACACGCUCUCGCGCCGGACGAACCCGCGCAGGCGCCUGUUCCAGGUCAACUGGAACACCUACAUGAAGACCUUCCACAUCCCGCCGCACCCGCGCGACAAGUUCGAGUCCUCCCCCGACAGCCCGUGGCUUGACUCUGACGGAUCCAGGAAUGACGGCGACGAUGACGACAACUCCGCCGGAGAAGGGGAAGGAUCCGAGGCCUCGGAAUCGGCCGACUGGUGCUAUAACUGGGAAGACCGCAUCCCCUGGACAUACGCCGAGGGCGGCGGCCCCAAGUGGGGGCUCGAGUACGACACGGGCUACGAGAGCGGCGUCGAGGAGACCGACAAGCAGCGCCGCUUGCGGCUUCAGUUGAAGAAGAGGAUCAUCAAGAAGCGCAUCAUGCUCAGUCGCGGCAAGAAGACGGCCAAGUAG